ACAAGAAAAUUACACCAAAGACAGUCACUCAAGAAUAUUUAUUUAUUUAAUUUGUUUGUACAGAAAUAUUUGUUUGUAGCGAAAUAUUACAAUGUCAGCAGCAUUUGUGAUUGUAGGGGGUGGAAUUGCAGGUGUUACGUGUGCUGAAACGUUAUCUGCACUUUGUUCUGAUGUGAAAAUUAUCUUGCUGGCUGCAUCAGGUUUGAUAAAAACAGUUGUCAACUUCCAACAGGUUUCAAGAACUUUAGAAAGCUUUCAAGUUGAAGAACGGCCUAAGACGUCUUUAGAAGAACACUGUCCCAACGUUGAAGUUGUUGAGAAAAUAGUUUUAUCACUCAACAGCGAAAAAAAUAAGAUCAUCUGCAGUGAUGGCUCUGAAGUUGUGUACAAGAAAUUGUGCAUCUGCACUGGUGGUCGGCCCAAGUUGAUUCCAGGAAAUAAUGAACGUGUUUUGGGUAUUCGUGAUGUCCAAAGUGUUGUGGAAUUCCAGAAGAUGCUAUCAAAUGCAAAGAGGCUUUUGGUUGUUGGAAAUGGUGGGAUUGCCACAGAAUUGGUUCAUGAAAUACAGGGCUGUGAAGUGAUAUGGGCAAUCAAGGAUUCCUACAUAACGAGUACGUUUGUUGAUGCCGGUGCAGCUCAGUUCUUCCUGCCACACCUUAAUAAUGAAAAGACAACAGAAAACCUGCCAUCUAAACGCCUCAAAUAUGUCGUGGACAAAGAUGCAAAGAAUUCCAAUGCCCCAGUUUUGGGAGGAGCACUUGGACCUGAUUGGGCAACUAGUCAUGAGAUGUCAGGAUCCGAAAAGGGCCCUAGAUCUGUAUUUGUUGAACACUGUGUUGAAGUGAAAAAAGUCCUUACCCCUGAAGAAUUUAAGAAAUCUCAACUUAAAGAUGUGACCCCACCUGGUUUUAGAACUGCUCCUCCUUUACCACAAGAAACGUGGCCUGUGUAUGUUGAGUUGACAAAUGGAACAGUGUAUGGCUGUGAUUUUAUUGUCAGUGCAACAGGAAUUAUUCCCAAUUCUGAGAUAUUUCUGAAAGGAAACAAGUUUGAUACGUCAACGGAUGGAUAUCUCAACGUGAACAGCCGCAUGGAGACGUCGGUGACUGAUGUUUACGCAGCUGGUGACAUCUGCUCGGCUACAUGGGAAUGGGCUCCACAAUGGCAGCAGAUGCACUUGUGGACCCAGGCCCGACAGAUGGGAUGUUAUGCUGCUAAAUGCAUGGCGGCAGCUCUUAAGGUGGAGGAGGUCCAGAUGGACUUCUGUUUUGAGCUGUUUGCGCAUGUUACAGUGUUCUUCAAUUUUAAGGUAGUUCUUCUUGGAAAGUUUAAUGCACAAGGCCUUGGUGAUGACUAUGAAAUGUUACUGCGAGUCACAAUAGGUGAAGAGUAUGUUAAAGCAGUUCUUCAAGAUGGACGACUAGUGGGAGCCAUUUUAAUUGGUGAGACCAACUUGGAAGAAACGUUUGAGAAUUUAAUUCUCAAUGCAAUGGACCUGACACCAUUUAAGGAGCAUUUGUUAAAUCCAAACAUUGACAUUGAAGAUUUCUUUGAUUAACACUGCAAUCUCAAAUAUAUAUAUUUUUUAUUCAUUAACCAUUUAGAAUAAAGUAAAUUUUCUUACUAUCAAACAUCAUUCUUUGAUAAUCCUUUGGUUAUGCUCAAUAAUCUAAAAAGUAAUAUAAAAAUGUACUUAGUAGUCUGCAGUUGUUAACAGUCAAAAGAUUGGGGUUAGGCCGUAGGCUAAUGGUAAAGCACUUGCCUUAUUUGGUUUGGGAUCGAACCCCAUCAGUGGGCCCAUCACUCCAGCCAGUGCACCACAUAUAACAAAUGUUGUGGUAUGUGCUAUCCUGCAUGUGGGAUAA